CUGCGUACUGCUGGCCGCGAAAUUCCAGCCCAAUCACCGACCUCGUUACGUCAGACGCCUGCAACCAAUGAAUGCGCAGUGGGCAGGAAUGGCUACAGAACUAGCUUUCUCAGGUUAUGUUUGUAUUUGUUGUGUUUGUGUUUAUGUUUGUUUUAUCCUCCCUAGAUGAUAAAAAAAUAAAAUCAUCCCUGAGAGACAUUACUUGUACAAUUUUGGAAGUGGGCUGAUAAUAUUGUGAUAGUUUAAUUGUGACUACAAAAUUUUUAAUAGUGCAUUUGCAUUUUGACAAAAAUGGUUGUGAUUACAAUAAUCACAUUUUAAUUCAUUUCCUGGCAAGGACGCCUACUAAAAAUGACAGCCUUGUUUGUAUUUGCAGCGAAAGAAUUUUCAGGGAACUUCUUAGUGAGGGCGUUGAUGCUUGUGAUGCUACUGGCCGGCACCAUCGGCAUAUUCGUGUUCACUGCUCAGCCCCCCCACUCGGAGGCCCGAGAUGCGGCACCGACCGUAGUCUUCAAUGUGGGACAUUACUCUCACGACACCAGUGGUGCAUUCCUCAGCGUUGCGCUGGACACUGCCCUGAUUCGCAGUGGCUGGCUGUGGGACCACAUAGAAUCUGAGCAGUUGGUACAGCUGACGUCGCUGCUGGCACCUGCCUAUCUCAGGAUUGGUGGAACCCUGGCCGACUGCCUCAUCUUCACGGCCAAUGGCACGCAGCGUCGGGUGUACGACGAGUGUGCUGAAGGCAUCACAUAUUGUUCUCCAGACGUACGCAACUUCUCCAUGACUGGCUCCGAGUGGACUCAAAUACAUGACUUCUGUCAGAGAGCUGGCGUCCAGCUGUUGUUUGACUUGAACGCUCUGCUCAGGAAUGGCGACAACUGGGAUCCCACCAAUGCCAAGCAACUGCUUGACUUUUCUGACGAGCAUAAUCUUUCUGCCACGUGGCAACUUGGCAAUGAGCCAAAUUCAUUCAAGCACAAGUUCAAUGUGACUGUGACGGGUCACCAACUGGGGCGAGACUUUGGGACUCUCCGAGCGCUUCUGGACAGCUACCCAAGUUCCAGGGCGUCUGCGCUGGUCGGUCCAGAUGUCACCAGGCCUCUGCUUGACUCUGCCCCGUCCCUGUCGUUCCUGGCAGACUUUCUGGACACAGCAGGGCGCUCCAUCAGCGCAGUGACGUGGCACCACUACUACGUUGAUGGGCGAUCAGCAACCUUGGAGGAUUUCACUAAUUCGUCGGUGUUCAACUCUCUGGCCAAGCAGAUCAAGGCUGUUAGGGCAACCGCAAGGAAGAAGACUCCAGACUUGCCAUUGUGGUUAACGGAGACGAGCUCGGCGUAUGGGGGAGGAGCCCCGGGCCUGUCUGACGUGUUCGUGGCGGGCUUGCUGUGGCUGGACAAGCUGGGCGUGUCUGCGCGACUGGGCGUGGACGCGGUGGUGAGGCAGGCGCUGUACGGGGGCAGCUACUCCCUGCUGGACCUGCACACCUUGCGCCCUCUGCCGGACUGGUGGCUGAGCGUCCUGUACAAGCGUGUGGUGGGUCGUGGCGUGCUGCGAGCUCCCCUGCCCACCGGAGACGUGCGACUGUACUGCCACUGUGGCCCUCCUGGCGUCCCGCACUCCCUCGCCGUGUUCGGAGCGAACCUGGGCCAGCGCAGCGCGCUCGUGCAGCUGGAGGGGGCUGCACGGCCGCGCCCUGCCAGCGCCGUGCUGGCCUACGUGCUCACGGGGCAGCACGGCCCACUGUCCAGGACUGUGCUGCUGAAUGGCGUGCCACUCCAACUGGAGCCAGACGGCUCUCCGCCCCUGCUGCGACCGGCCGUGCUUCCAGCCGGAGUGCUUUGCCUGCCCCCCCUCUCCGUUGCCUUCUUCAUUGUGCACGGAGCACGCGUCCCCGAGUGUCACCACGGCUGACCACUCCUGCCUCGCUUCCCAAGUCUCUGCCACUGACAUUCAGACACUUCAGAUACUCUUGAAUAGGCUUACCAGUAGACUUCAUGCACACUGCUGUCUGAGGCAUGUCUCCGUUUAUUUAAUAGGUGAGCGGUGCCAUUUGAUUUGUUAGUGGUGAAGUUGAUUAUUUUGGGCCUUUCAUGAUUUAACUUGCUGGAGUUUGCAUAGCAAUCACACUAAAAACCUGUGUGUGUAUUUUUUAGGUGUUGUGCUACAAAGAUAGUGUGUACAUGUAGAGCUGGCACCUGAUUAUUCCACGAAUGUCUUUUUGGGAACUCUAUAGUCUCCAUAGUGAUUGCAGUUCUCACUAUUGGUUGAAAUCAGUUUUUUCAUGAACUUAUCAGAGGGCAGCAAGGGAUUAGUUUAUGUCUUUGGGAGUCAACUGGCUGUUCAGUCCUCCCCCAGCCUCCAGUGAAGAGAAUUGUGGGAGGCUGGAGUCAAGUCCUUUAUAUCUUGUCUGGCGGGAAACAGCUCCUAACCUGUUUGAAUGGAAGCCUCGCAGAGGAACUUCAGCUCAGCUCAGCUCAGCUCAGCUGUCUCGCUGCACUCCUCUACACGUCAGCUCGUCGAGCGCCGAAGCAGGGCUGUGGUUGCCUGGUGACAGCUUGCACGUGUCGCAAGUGUCCAAUGGGAGCUCUGAAAUGCAAGUCUCGCCUCUCAGCUACAAGUGCUGGUGAAGGAAGACUGAACCUUGCCCUCUCUCACGUUAUACAAGAUGUGAAGCAUCCCAAUGUGGGCGGGAUGAUUGUGUGUGUAAAUAUCUGAAUAAUAAUAUUUUGGGUGCUUAAACAUUUUAA